AUGGCAGACGAAGACAUGUCUCCUCUGCAUCGUAAAAAGCCCUGUCGUGCUUGUAGAGAUUUCAAGUCAUGGAUGAAUCAAGGGAAUAGAAACAAAAGUACUAUGGUAAGGUCUUUAGAUCAUCACAAAAUCAAAAGAAUCAGAGCUAUAACAUAUUUGAAAGAAGAACAUCAUCAUGAUGUGAAGGAAAAAUUAUGUUACAUCACCUGGGUUACAUCAUCAUUACACAUGCACAAAUGUUAUUCGAUUGUCCCAAAUUUUAGGUUUAGUUCUUCUCAGAAAUCUCGAAUAAUCCCUUAAUUUUAAUUUUUAACCCAAUUCUCAUCAGAAGCUAUUUCAAAUCACCAAAAGCGUUUCCACAGUAUUAUGCGAGCGCAUGCAUAGCUACCGGUAUAUGUGAUUUUCGAUUUUGGUAAGAAAUUACGGCUCCACUCAAAUAGCCGUCGGUUGCUCAUUAACCUUUCCAAGGAUAGUGAACAGCUAAUAUUCAGUCAAGCAUAAUCGUAACUAUCAAUGGGACACUGUUAAGACCUGUUAAACAGAUGCCUGACUACAUUGAUCAGUGUUUUUCCCUUUCCGUGCUACUCGAGCCAAAUGCAGUAGUAUAACACCUCCAACUUGUUGUUUUAAGGCCUCUUAUGGUCUUUGUGGUCAGAGUGUAGAGUUGAAUGACAACCUCUUGUUCCCCCCCCCCCCCCUUCCUCCUGACAUCUCUUCUGGUUUCAUUCUUCCUCACACACUCCUCUCUCUACUUCAUCUCCCCCUAUAUCUUUCCUGUCACCCCUCCCCUGUCAUUCCUUCCUUUUUAACUUCUCUCCUUAUAAAUUUCCUUUUCUACCGUUUUUCACUUUCUAGUAUUAUGAAAUUAUCUCUUCUUACAAGUUGAAUUUUUUUAUUUAUUUAUUAUUUUUUUUACCAGAGUAAUAACAAGAACUCAUCUCAAAGCCAUGACUCAGCAUCUCAGGAUGAAUCCAGUGUAGAGUGUCCCCUUGAUAGACAAGAGCUUGGCCGAUCAACAUGGAACUUUCUUCACACCAUGGCUGCUUAUUAUCCAGACAAUCCUUCCCAACAACAACAAAAUGACAUGGCUAGUUUUGUAAAAAUAUUUUCCAAAUUUUAUCCUUGUGAAGACUGUGCUUCACAUCUUAGAGAAAGGUAAAUUUGUCAUAGUGCAGCCAUACAAGCAUUGGAUUUUUCAUUUUACUGAAAAUUGUGUACUGUUUAUCUUUAUUUAUUUAUUUAUUUUUUUUAUUUAGGUUACAAACUCACCCCCCUGACACAAGCAACAGAUACAGUUUUUGUCAGUGGAUGUGCCAUAUGCACAAUGAAGUAAACAGGAGGCUUGGAAAAAAAGAAUUUGACUGUUCAAAGGUUGAUGAGCGAUGGCUUGAUGGGUGGAAAGAUGGAUCAUGCGACUAAUCAAUGUAUAUAGUAUUACAAUAUGAUUAGUCAUCAGUGUCUAAAAACUGUAAUAGUACUACACAGGAACCAUGCAGGAGGAGGGGCUGGGGGACUGUAGCCCCCCCACUCUUUUAAAUUAAACAAAAAGUUAUUUAACAAAAAUAACAGAGCCAAAAAUAGCCCCCCCACUCCAAAACUUGCUGCAUGUUACUAAACAUCUUUCAAAAGAAAUAAUGCUUAUUUAAAUGAUUCUCCAGUGUGCUGGUAGAUCCAGUAUAUUUAGGGGAGAAAUAUUGUUGAGACAAUGAAAUAUAACAACAAAAAUAAAAAUGAGACAAUAUGUUAACCUUAGAAAAUAAGGUAUUUAAUGGGUGCCUUCAGUGUGUAAGGGAUAUGGAUUUUUAUGAACAAAAGCUGAGCUCUUUUCAAAUAGGAGUUGUGCAA